AUGCGGCAUCAGGGCUUAUUAACUCCCACUCUGCUACUGAUCUUGAAUAUUAUCGAUCUCCUUCUCACCUAUCAAAAGACUAUAUCAGUCAAUGACCAAGGUCCUCAGUUCUUUACUCCGCUCAUAUUCGCGGCGGCCGACGGUGCGAUUGAUAUUAUCAAACUACUAUUGGACCAUCCUAAUAUUGACUUUCUGCUAACAUUCUUCACCCUCUUCUUCUACUGCGUUAAGGAUGCAACGACUGGUGCUACGUACUAUCGCAAUGCUGUCUACAUUGAGCUAUUGGCGCAACGCAGCGGACUAUCCUCUUCAGCCCAGAACGCUCCCCAAUCUUGGCAGUGUCCUUUUUGUGAUCACAAUGCCAAGGCUGCACUGCUGUCGGGCGGCACAUCGAGUGUCACAAUGCGGAGAAGUCCCACCAACCAGGUCCCCCCACCUCGCUCAGGGAGAUGGGAUGGGCACGAGCAUCUUCUCAGUGUCGGGCGAUGCGAAGGCGAAAGGUGA